AUGUUCGAGCGUCGUGCUGCGGACCGCUAUCGGCUCCGGAUGCACCGUGCCCGCACCGUUGCACUGACAUCUGACGAGAUUGUCGAGGUGCGAGCCGCCCAGCGGACCUUCGAAGGAGCCUACAUCCGGACCGCGCUCUCACAGUUCUCAUUCGCCCUGGUGGUCCUCAAGAUCUUCACCAGCGAGUUCUACAGUACCGGGGCGCUAUUCGCCAUCUACGGCACCGGGGUGCUCAUCAUCGGGCUCUUCCGUCGCCAGCAAGGCAACCGGCAAUUCUUCGCCGAGGUGGGAGAAGAUGGCAUCCGUCACAAGUUCAGGACGAGUGGGAAUGCGGUGGUGGUUCUGACGGCUCUGAGCAUCGCCGCCUACGCCACCCUUAUCGCGCUGACUCUGAGGUUGGACCACUAG